UUUAUUAAACAGAAACAGGAAACAGAAGAAAUCAAGCAGCCAGAACAAAAUGGGGGCAUCCCUGGACACUCCAGCGAAGUGUCUUCUCUGUGACGUUACGACCCCAAAUCCCGUCACUCUGAAAUGUAACCACCGCUUCUGCAGACGAUGUAUCGGAGACUUGUGGAGCGUUAGCCCGAACGGACCGUUCCACUGUCCCGAGACGAGAUGUAAGGUUGUAUAUCAAACCCUUCCGUUUGAUAAGAGCUUCAUACGGACGCAGCCGCCAACAUCGAGUCGACAGUCGUCUCCACGGAGUGCUGCAGGGACACCAUCCAGUCAUAAGGAGCAAAGCACACCUGCCUCAGACUUGAGGAGACCCUCACUGACCAAUCGCAUCCUUGGAAAGAGAAAGGCCAGCACCCCUGUUUCAGAGGAACAUCUCCCAAAGCGAGCAGCUGCAGAGUCUCCCAGGAACACUGAGACUCCCACCACCUCCUCUUCAGAUGAAUCUGGGGAUUCAGCUUUUGCAGGAACGUCCACAAGAGCAGCGGAGCCAGAACUCUUGCAGUUUGCAGCUGGUGACGGAAAAUCCCCGACAGAGAACUCUGACAGCAAAGCAACUGACAGCGAUGUGCCUAAAGACGUCCCAAGCAAGCAGAACCAGCGAAUAUUGGAAUCAGCGGAUGAUUCUGACAGCUCCAGUGAAGUAGAUCUCUGCGAUGCUCCUGUUGCCGCGUCUCCUAAGAGUGUUCAGUGUACAACAGGAACGAUCAUCUCCCCAAAGAAACCUGCUUCACCUGCGCGCUCUGAUAGCCGUCCAGCGGGGUCGAAUAUAGGGAAGGAAGCUCCUCUGACGUCCGCUAAAAGCUCAGCAGGUGCUUCCAGUUCCUCGAGCCGCUUCCCUCUUUUCUUCGGAUCAGUGAAGAACAGCUCCAACCAAGUCCCCUGUCACUACUGCCCCAAAUCUGGAUAUCAACCAGCUGUGAAAACCUGCCUGGUGUGUGGAGCUUCCAUGUGUCAGGAACACCUUCGUCCUCACCUGGAAUCACCGGUCUUCCAGAAUCACACCCUGGUUUCUCCCAUGGAGGACAUUUCCCUCUGGAGGUGCCAGGAGCACCAGGAGAUCAACCGCAUCUACUGCAGACAGUGUGCGGCCUGCGUGUGCACUGUGUGCACGGUGAUUGGCUCCCACCGCGACCAUGAGUGUAUCAGCAUCAGGGAGGCGGAGAGGGAGCUCAGGGCAAACCUGAAGGAAGAGAUCAAACAGCUGCAGAAGGCUGAACAGCAAGUGAAGAACAGAGUGACUGAGCUCACGGAGAAGAAAGAGACUUUCAGAGUGGUUUUAUCUGAAGCACUAGACGGAGUAAAGCGGCAGUACGGAGCCAUAAGAGAGGCUUUAGAUCAAGAAGAGCAAUCGGCUCUUCAGUGCGUGAUGAAGGAGGAGAGCAGGGUCCUGGGGGGUCUAGAGCAGAAGCUCAGUCUGCUCCAGAGCUCUCUGCAGUCCAUCCAAAAUGGCCUCCACACACUGGAGGGUCUGGCUGAUGCCAGGGCGGACACGCGUGUCCAGGACCAGGCCUUCAUUUUGGAAUACAGCAAGGUUUCUCAGCUCAGCACCAGUGACUUGGGGAAUGAUGACUUUAAGCCUCCAGAAGAAGUGGACUACGCCCGACUGAGCUGCCUGCAGAGGUGGACGGAGAAGAGGCUCGACACUGUCGUCAUCACCAUGCCAGGAAAAGACAGAGAUCUCUACAGGCUGCUGUAUGGGACCGUUCCUGCUAUGGACAGAGAUACAGCUCAUCCCAAGCUGCAGCUGUCUGCCAGCAACCGGAAGGUCAUCUACAGCGAAUCCCCGCAGGGCUACACGGAGCACGACGCUCGCUUCAGCUCCUUCCCACAAGUCCUGGCCUCUUCCGCGCUGGAGGGCGGCCGCUGGUACUGGGAGGUGUCCGUGUCUGUGGACGACGGGCGCUGGAAGGUGGGUCUGUGCGAAGGUCAAAUCGAAAGGAAGGGCCAAAAGGACAGCUCUCGCCUGGGCUUCAACAGCUACUCCUGGUGCCUGGCCUGCGACAAGAGGAAGCUGGAGGCCGUGCACAACAAGGAGGCGGUUCCCGUGAGGGCGGAGGGGCUGCAAAGGGUCGGGGUGUUCCUCGACUUUGAAGAGGGCAGUUUGUCUUUUUUUAAUGUGACACCAGGGGGCAGUCUUGCUUUAUUGCAUUCUUUCCAGCACAGUUUUUCCGAGCCUCUCUAUCCUGCCCUCUCUGUGUCUAAAACCCACCUGACCAUCUGUGACCUGUUCAACUCAUAAUCCAAACAUCUCAGUUCCGUUCACUUUUACAACAUUUGGUAAAGAUUGUGCCUUUUUAUGUGUUUUUUUUUUUCUGAUUUUACAUAUAUAGAAAUAUGAGACUUCUUAAUCUCAUUAAGAUGAUAGUUUUAUACUCUGAUUUAACAAAAAAAUGAUGUGAUUUGAAAUGAUUUUCUAACACUGGAAUUAUACCAAGGUUUUACACAAUUACUUAAGUAAUUCUUAAACAUUUU